AUGGAGGUUCUAUACAUUAACAUUAAAGAAAUAUACGACAAACAUAAGGGCAGUCCUGAUUAUAUACAGAAAAUUCACAAAAACAUUUGCACUGCCCUUCGUGUUCCUUCUUCUGAAAUCAAGGUGGAAGUUUUACAGCAGAAUGAAAAAAAUAAAAAAAAUACAAAAGAAAAAGGUGUACAGUGUAACACUUUUAAAACGUAUAUAAAAAACAUUAAAAAAGAAAUGGAUGUUUUAUUGUCAGAAAAAGAGAAUGUUGAAGACAGUUCCAAUGAUAUUGUACAGAUAGAAAGAAAUUUAGAUUUUCAAGAGAUGUCAAAAGGAAAGCCUUUUAAUUUUAAAUUAAGGAAUUUGUAUUAUAUUUUUAGAAGCCACAAUGUUGGCAUUGUACAUAUAGCACCAAUUAUUGAAGCAGUUUUAAAUUUGUUUAAUAUUAAUGUAAAAAAAUUACCCAGCAAAAGUACUGCUGCAGUUUUAACUAGUGAAAUGGGUGUUGUAUCUAGAAACCAUUUAAAUGAAAAACUUUUAACUUCUGAUAAUACAACAAUGCAUAGGGAUGCGACUACAAAAAAAGGUAAACAUUUUUAUGGUGUUAAAUUGAACACAGGGGAAGAUAUUUUUACUGCGGGUGUUAGAGAAGUAUGUAAUGGAAAAAGUGGGACUUAUAUUAAUUGUACAAAAGAAAUUUUAAAUGAUUUGUCUUCUAAUGAAUGUGAAGCAAGAACUAUUUUAAAUUCAGUGUCGUGUUUUAUGACAGACAGAAGUGCCACCGAGCAGAAAGUCAAUGACAUUUUAAGCGAGGAAAUACCGCAUGAAGUUCAUUCUUUUAAAUGUGCUGUACAUCCACUUAUACAAUUUUCUGAUGUGUGUGUUGAAGAAUCUUUUAAUAUUGAAAAAGAAUUACAUGUCAAUUUUAACAGUUAUUCAAAUUCAGUCAAAGAACCUUUUAUCUUGUGUGUUUUAAAAUCUGUUUCAAAGAUGUUUUACAAAGAUGGUGUUGGAGAUCCAAAAGAUUUACAAGUUUUUAUGAAAAGCAAUGGAGUAGAAAAUAUUCCAAUAAUUAAUUUUAGAGGAAGCAGGUUUAAUGUUUCAUUUUACAAUGCUGCUGGGACUUUUUUUAUCCACAAACUACUAUUACAAUAUUUCUUUUCAUUGAAAACUUCCUAUUCGGUUUUACAGAAUUUCAUUGUUUUAUCCUUACAAAAUAAGGUUAUUUUAUGUCUUUUAAGAGCUUUUGGAAUUUUAUACAAAUUAAUUACUGAACCUUACUUUUUAAAGGCUUUAGAAGUUGGCAAUAUUUUAUAUAUGGGAUCUGUAUAUGAGAGGCUUUUACUUGUUUUGAAUAUGUUUUAUGAUGAUCCAUCAUUGGCUUUAAAGCAACAAUUGCGAUUAUUUUAUGGGCCACAGUUUUAUGACAGUGUUUCAGAUUAUUUAUUUGAUUGUUGUUUACACAACGAUUUAACUACUGUUUUUUUAAAAAGACUUUGUGGUGUUUUAAAAACAAAAGUUGAAAAAAUUUUUAGUGACUUUCUGUCAGGUGGCAAAUAUUUUAAUGUAAAUCCAGAUGUUUUAUCAGAAUGUUCAUCAUGUAUUUCAAACAACAUAUGUUUAGAGAGACUUAUGGGACAAUUAGACUUUAGUUUGAAAACAGGACCAACUUCCAGUAUAAAUACCAUUGAAAGUUCUAUCAUUUUUAAUGACAACAAAACAAGUGAGUGGUUAACAGAAAAGGAUGACUCUGAAAGACAAUUAAUAAUAGAAAAUGCCAGGAAAGAAAAUAAAAAAUUCAUGGAAUUACAGAAAGAAAGAAAAAUUAAAUUAUAUGAAGAACAUUUAAAAAUUUUAAAAGAGAAAGAAGAAGAAACAAAGAGGAAGAGAGAGAGACAGACAGAGGCUGUUGAUAAGGCAAUAGAAGACAUGAGAGAACAUGGGAUUUGGGAGAGCAGAGAGAUUAUCGAAAAAGAAGUAGAGAAGUUGAAAACAAAAAAAGAGAAAUUACAGGCUUUAAAAACACAGAUUAAUAUGUAUAAAAAAACUCAUGUUUUACCAGCAUAUCACAUGCUACUCAACUCUAAAAAGGCAUACAGUGAAACAUGUUUUUAG